GACAUUAUUCAGCCUAUUCGGAAUGAAGCCGUCUCCUUGGCUCGAAGUGACAUCGGACAUGCAAAGCAUUCAUCUCCCAUGUUGAAAUCCGCACCUGGAGGAAACCAAGGAUGAAAUCUUUCCACCAUAUGUGCUUUCUAGCACCGGAUUGCCAUAUCCGUCGGUUGCCUUAGCCGAUCUUUCUCCACGCCCAACACGAAAAGCAUCUGAGGCACAUCUAGCAGUCUACGACUAUAGUGGAAUAUGUCUGAAGGCGCUCAACAGACGACCUCCUACAGCGAAGUGCCUGCAUCGAUGAAAAACACGUCUGCAGCACUGAACACGUACAAAGCAAGGCCUGGCGAGAGCACGGAAUCUCCCGACGAUGAGCUCUCCCUCGAGAAACAGCCAAGGAACCUGUCCGACAUCCCAACCCGCGAGAAUGUGCCCGACAAAGAGACGACGACAAGCGCUGCGAGAGCGGACGAUAUUGCCAACAGUGCCAGCCGAGAACUUGCCCGUCACGAGACAAGAAAUACAUCCCUUCGCCGACAAAGUACCACGAGCACAAUCUCCCGCAUCCCUACCGCCACAGAGCCACCUACAUUCACCCGUCUCCACGAGAUCCUCUUCGUCAUGGUUAUCACAUCGGCGCAGCUCCUCGCACUGGCAUCCCUCGCUCAGUCCAUCGCGCCGUUGCACGUCAUCGGCCGCACAUUCAACACCACCGAUCCCGGGCAAUUAUCAUGGUUUCCAGCCGCAUACUCCCUGACCGUCGGCACAUUCAUUCUGCCCGCUGGGCGAUGGGGUGACUUGUACGGCCACAAGAAGCUGUUUGUGAUUGGAUAUUACUGGUUUGCGUUGUGGUCAUUGAUUGCAGGAUUCUCCGCGUUCUCGCACUCAAUCGUCUUCUUCUCCUUCUGCCGCGCCAUGCAGGGAAUUGGGCCGGCCAUCAUGAUACCAAACGGCCUUGCUGUGCUUUCACGAACGUACCCGCCUGGUCCGAAACGAAACAUGGUCCUCAGCCUUUUCGGGGCCACGGCACCGAACGGCUAUCUCAUGGGCGCGUUAUUCUCUGGCAUCUUCGCACAGCUGGUCUGGUGGCCUUGGUCGUUCUGGGUGCUCGGCAUUGUUUGUGCUCUGGUCGGCACUUUGACAAUCUUCGUCGUGCCAGACAUGCCUGUUGCGGGAGGCAAACCGGCGUUCAAGGAACUUGAUGCUGUUGGCACGGUGCUCGGUGUGGUCGGUUUGAUUCUGUUCAACUUUGCUUGGAACCAGGGUCCAGUUGCAGGCUGGCAGACGGUGUACGUUUAUGUGCUACUUAUUGUCGGUGCAUGUUUCAUUGGCGUGUUUUUCUGGUACGAAAAGAAACUGGCAAAGUUCCCGUUAGUGCCGAUGCACUCGUUCACGAGCGAUACGAUGCUGGUGUUUGGGUGCGAAGGUAUGGGUUGGGCAUCGUUCGGUAUUUGGAUUUACUUCUUAUGGCAAUUCUGGGAGCUUUUGCGAGGGCAGAGCAUCGUUCUCUCCUCCGCCAUGUUCGUUCCGGCGGCUAUAUCUGGGAGCAUCGCAGCCAUUACCACAGGAUAUCUAUGCGGUAUGAUGCAGCCAGGCUGGGUCAUGCUGAUGUCGAUGACGAACUUUUUGGUCGGCAACAUACUGCUGGCUACGAUGCCGGUGCGUCAAACUUACUGGGCUCAGACUUUUGUGAGUCUGAUAAUCGCUCCGUGGGGCAUGGAUAUGAGUUUCCCGAGUGGUGUGAUUGUGCUGGCGAACCACAUGCCACCUGAACAUCAGGGUCUUGCGGCGUCGCUGGUCAAUACUGUCAUCAAUUACAGUAUAUCAAUUGGUCUUGGUAUGGCUGGGACUGUCGAAGCGCAUGUCAAUGAUGGAGGGAAGGACCGAUUGAAGGGAUAUCGAGGAGCGUGGUACCUUGGCAUAGGUCUGGACGCGUUGGGGUUUCUGAUGGCAAUUGGCUUGAUCUUUUCGUGGCGGGCGACGCAGAAGGCAAAGAAGGAGAAGGAGUUCUCUGAUGAGACUGUGCAGCGCGUGCCGGUAGAUGUGGCCUAGGUGAAAUUCAGGGCUUGACGACGUUCAGGGCCGGGCCCAAAACC